GGGAAGCUCUAAACCAGCAGACAUGAAUGAAGAAUCUGAAUUGUCUGGCUCUGUUGAUUCAUCACACAUGGAUCAGAAUGUUUCCAAUCAGACCUUUGUACUAUUUGGAAACUCUACAUCUGUUCAGUUUGGUCAUGGUAACAUUCUACUGGGAGAAGUACCACCUCUUAAACAUGUUCAACUAUCCAGGAUUGAUCCCAUACAGAUGAAGAUAUCAGAACGUCAUGUCUCAGUCAUUAACAUGAUUGACUUCACUGAACUUUACCUGGACUCUGUGGAUCAUCUCAUUGCUCAGUUAGUGCAUGAAAAUGACAUUUCUGUCUUCAUCUAUGUUGUGCGUCUGGGUCAGUUAACAGAUGCUGAUAAGAUGGGUCUUGAAUGGCUACAGUCAGUGUUUGGUGACAAAGUUCUUCAGUUUGUGAUGAUUCUCUUCACUUAUGAGAGAAAAGAAGAGUCUGACUCUAUAAUAGAUGAUCUGAAGAAAAACACUGUUCUAGAGGAGCUGGUGAAGAAAUGUGGAGGAAGAUAUCACACCUGCAGCAAAACCAUGAACAACCAAUCAGAGAUGAGUGAACUGAUGAAGAAGAUUGACCAUCUGUCUAAUGAGAAUCAAAGGCAGUGUUACACUGGAGAGAUGUACAACACACAGUUACGAAAAGCAGAAAACCUGAAAAAGAUCAUUAAUAGGCUUCAUAUGGAUGACAGACAUGACAACAAACUGCAAAUCAAAGCUGCAGAUGUUCUUCAGAUAUCUGCACAUUCAUUAGAGUCUCAUGAGUCUUGUACUGAAGAAGAGCUGGUGAAGACUUAUCUACAGAAACUACUGAUGAUGAACUACAGAGCAAGAUACAUUAAAACUAAAGAGACCAAUGAACAACAUCACACACAACAAACAGACAAAGACUUACUUAAAGAUGAGGGGGAUUUUUUUGAUGAUAUGUUCAAAGAUGUGUGUAAUAAAGAAACAAGUAAACCAGACCCAGUUCACCCGAUGGAUGUUCAGAUGGCUGUGUUUCAUUGUGCUGAUAGUUUCCUAAAGCAGCUGAUGGUCACUAAACUCUCACAGUGUCAGUUUGCUCUUCCUCUUCUUGUUCCUCAUCCAAUCACACAACAGAUUGAGUUUCCUCUCUGGACAUUCAGACAAAUCAACAAGAGCUGGAAGAUGAGAAAUACUAACAAUGAAAUCAUCAGUAAAGAAGAGCCAGUCUACAAAGCAGAAACUCCAAUGGUGUCGUUCUUCAUGUUUGGUUCUGUAUCUUCAUCCAAGUCUCAGCUGAUGAACAAUCUGAUCAAUGAGAAACACAACACGUUCUUCCACAGGAACUGUCCAGGCAGCAGCAGAACCAGACUACUGAUGGAUGGAUUGGUGGAGAUCACCUGGUUCUGCCCAUCUGGAAAAGACACUGAUAAAUUUACUGACUGUGUUGCCUUCUGUAAUCUUCAUGGUGAUGCAGGAGACAAUGAAAAACAACUGCAGAUUCUGACUCAAAUGUCUUCAGUCAAUGUUGUUCUUCUGUCACAGCUUGAUGAGAAUGACGAAAACGCAACAAAAAUGCAAAACCUGUACAAAGACAAAAAGCCACUUAUUUGCCUCUUUACUGAGGAUGAAUCUGCUCUCACUGAGACACGGAAUGGAAAAUACAAAAUUGGUCUAAAAGACAGAAAUCAGUCAGAUGUAUCAGAAGAACUCAGAAGAGCUAUAAAUGAUUGUCUCUCAUCUUCAGCUUCCAUGUUCAGACUUGAAGAUUUGUCCAAACACUCAGAUAUCAGAGUAGAUGAGGAAGAUGAUGAAGACUGCAGGAGAGGAAGAGAAGCAGCACAGCAGAUGAUGAGUUUACUGAAGAAUAAAGAUCUGAGAGAAAUCAAAGAAUCAUUUCUGCCCUGUCAGGGGAAACUCUGGCAUCUGUGGUGUCAGAAGAACAAAGAACUUCAUCGACCUCAAGGGGAAGACAUAGAUAAAGAAAUAAGUAGAACAAGAACAGAAAUGAUGAAUAUACGUGAGGAGCAAUUUAAAUAUAACACGAGUAAGUUUAUGAAGUUCUUUAUUGAACAGAUGGACUCACAUGAUGUAAAUAUCAAUAUAUAUUUUAUUAAAUGGCUCAGAAUCUUACUGAAUCAAUUUACCUCAGCUGAUCUUUCUGAUCUACAUCAGAAGUAUGAAAAAAACUGGUCAACAGUCUUAAAACUAAAAGAGAACACUGACAAAUUGAAACUAAAGAUAAAAGAAACAGAACUUGAGAAAAUAUCUGAAGAACUUCAAGCAGCAACCUUUGGUUUGGAGCACAUCAUGAGAGAGAUCGGUCAGAUUUAUGAAUCAUGUUCAUCUGUGAAUAAGAACAAGACAGAUCUUCAGAUUAACUACUCUUCUCUCCCGAGUCUUGCAGCAGAGAUGAUGAUCAGUGGAUUUCCACUGGAGCUGAUGGAUGGAGAUGCUGCUCAUGUUCCUCUGAUCUGGAUCACUGCUGUUCUAGAUAAACUCAUACAGAAACUGGGAGACCAGAGAGUCUUUGUGCUGUCAGUUUUAGGACUUCAGAGCUCUGGGAAAUCCACCAUGCUGAAUGCCAUGUUUGGACUUCAGUUUGCAGUCAGUGCUGGACGAUGCACCAGAGGAGCUUUCAUGCAGCUGAUCAGAGUAUCAGAGGAGAUGAAAAAACAGAUGAAGUUUGAUUAUAUUCUGGUUGUUGAUACUGAGGGUCUUCGUUCUCUAGAAUCUGAUGGAAGAUUCACAAGACAUCAUGACAAUGAACUGGCCACAUUUGUUGUGGGUCUUGGACAGCUGACAUUGAUCAACAUCUUUGGAGAAAACCCAGCUGAGAUGCAGGAUAUUCUUCAGAUUGUUGUUCAGGCCUUUCUGAGGAUGAAGAAGGUCAAUCUGAAUCCCAGCUGCAUGUUUGUACAUCAGAACGUUUCAGAUGUCACCGCUGGAGAGAAAAACAUGGAGGGAAGAAGACAACUGCAGGAGAAACUAGAUAAGAUGACAAAAGUCGCUGCUGAAGAUGAAGUUUGUGAUGCAGAAUGUUUCAGUGAUGUCAUUAAUUUUGAUGUACAGAAUGAUGUGAAGUAUUUUGCUCAGCUGUGGGAGGGAAGCCCACCAAUGGCACCACCAAACCCAAACUACUGUGAAAAUAUUCAGGAUCUAAAGAAAACGAUUAUUUCACAAGCCUCAAAAUCAGAUGGUAUGAAGCUGACACACCUGCGUGAUCGAAUUCAAGAUCUCUGGGAGGCUUUACUGAAUGAACAAUUUGUGUUCAGCUUUCAAAAUUCCCUUGAGAUUUCAGUAUACAGGAGACUGGAGACAGAAUACAGCAAGUGGACCUGGACUCUUCGCAGUGCCAUGCUGGAAAUUGAGAACAAACUACAAAACCAAAUAGAAAAUAAAGCAAUUAAUGAGAUUGAGGAAACAGAUCUUCAAAACCAACUGAAGGAGAAAAGUGAAGAAGUAAAAAAAAUAAUGUCAGAAUUCUUUGAGAAAGACCCAGAUGCUGGUAUUCUGAUUAAGUGGAAAACAUCAUUUGAAAUAAAAAUCAAAGACCUUGAGGAGAACAUUGUGAGAGAAACAAAGAAGAAAUUAAAUGAAAUUCUUCAGCAGCGAGACCUGAAGAGAAAAAUGGAUGCUCAGAGGACACAACAUGAAAACACUCUCUUAGAAAAGAGCAAAGAACUUGCAUUAAAACUCAAAGACAAAACAAAUGAUGAAGAAACACUGAAGAGAGAGUUUGAUUUGUUUUGGGAAGAGUGUGUGAAGAAGAUCACCACAGAUACUACUCCAAUCAAAGACAUUGACAUAUUAAAAGAAGUAAAACAGCUAUUUACUGACACAAAUAAAGGUGCUUCUGUAGACACCUUCAAAGGAAACAAGGAUGUUUUCACUAUGCAGAGUUAUUCAGAUUAUGUACGGUUAAAGAAAUCCAGUGGACUUACAAAACAUGUUCAAAAUGCUUUAAAAGCUGCUAAAGUGAAGUGUGUGUCUGUUAUAUCUAAAGAUGAUGAAACCCAAAUAAAAACCUUGAUCACAAAUGUUUCUGAGGAGACAAUCAAGAUGAUACAGUCAUUUAACAUUUCAAAGUUUGGUUACAACUUCAGUUACAUUCAACAACUCACAGAUUACAUCAAGACAAGAAUAACAGAAUAUGAGAAAGGUCCAAUAAAAUAUGAGUUCAAGAAUGAAUUUGUCAUGGAUUUGGUAUUUUCUAUAUUGAAGAGAGCUGACACAAUGAUCAUUGAUCAACACAGAAGGUUCAGAGAGGCCAAUGAUCCUGUUCUCUAUCUGGAGAAGAAGAGAGAUGAAUACUAUAGUAUUUUCCAGAAAUACUGUCAAGGAGCAACAUCAGCUGCUAUUUUUGGUGAGAUCAUCUGUCAGAAACUGAAGAGACCCAUUGAACAGAGUGUCUAUAAAAACAUUGCCAGAGAUUUAGCAGAUGAAAUCAGAUCAAACUGUCCAUCACUGAAUGAAAACAGAUCAAAUCUGGAGAAACACAUCCUGAAGAGACUGGCAGAAGAGGAGAACUUUGACAAAUACAUGAACUACAUUCAUAAUCCCAGAGAUCACUUCAAGAGUUUUAUCAGAGAAGUUGUCAGUGAGUACAUCAGUGAUCAGUUCAGUAUCAGAGUUCAACCCAAGAUGAAUCAGAACAUUGAAGACCUGCAGCAGAAGAUCCUGACAGCAGCUCAUGAAUCUACUGUAGAUGUUCAAGAUAAGAGUGGAGAUGUUAACUUGUGGUUGAUGUUUUUCACAUAUAAGCUCUCAGAUGUUCUGAUAUUCUCUAUGAAGGACUUCAGUGGAGUCAAACAUGAUGAUGUUGAUGAUUUCAAACUCUUAGAAGAUGUGAUAAGAACAGAACUUCCAUCUAUAAUAUCUGACAUCAGCAGAGAGUUCAGCACAGAUACAUUUGAUAUAAAACUGGAUCUCAACAACAGACCAGAUGAGAUUCUGAUUGAUCACUUCUGUCAGUGCUGUUGGGUUCAGUGUCCGUUCUGUAAAGCCUUCUGCACCAACACAAUAGAAAAUCAUGAUGGAGAUCACAGUGUCUCUUUCCACAGAGUAAAUGGAAUUACUGGAUACCAUUAUAAUACAACACAGAAUUUAUGUACAGAUUUUUGUUCAACUGUUGUCAGAAGUUCUAAAAGUUUCAAAUCAUCAGAGAAGUGGAUAUCAUAUAAAAAAUACAGAACAGCAGGAGGAGUUUAUGCAAAGUGGAGCAUCACCCCUGACUUCUCUGAGCUGCCCUACUGGAAGUGGUUUGUGUGCAGAUUCCAGAAAGACCUGGAAAGGCACUAUAAGAUAAUAUUCAAGGACCAGCCUCUAGAUGAAUGGAGCAAAUACACAAAAGAGGAAGCUAUUGAUAGUUUAGAUAAUUACAAAAGCCUCAAACAGCUUACUUUAUUUGAA